CCAUGGCCGCGCCCGCCGACCCGCGGCGGCUGUGCCGGCUGGUGCAAGACGGCCGACUAUGCGCCCUGCGCGGGGAGCUGCAGGCGGCGGGGCACGCGGGCUGCGCGGGGCCGGCCGGGGAUACCCUCCUGCACUGCGCCGCCCGCCACGGCCGCCGGGACGUCUUGGCCUAUCUGGUCGAGGCCUGGGACAUGGACAUCGAAGCCGCCAACCGGGACUACAAGCGGCCUCUGCACGAGGCUGCUUCCAUGGGUCACCGGGACUGCGUGCGGUACCUGCUGGGCCGGGGGGCCGCGGUCGACUGCCUGAAGAAGGCCGACUGGACUCCUCUGAUGAUGGCCUGCACGAGGAGAAACCUCGAGGUGAUCCGGGAUCUCGUGGAGCACGGCGCCAAUCCACUCCUGAAGAACAAAGACGGCUGGAACAGUUUCCACAUUGCCAGCCGCGAAGGCGACCCUCUGAUCCUCCAGUACCUGCUCGCAGUUUGCCCCUCUGCCUGGAGGACAGAAAGCAAGAUCGGGAGGACUCCACUGCACACGGCAGCAAUGCAUGGCUGUUUAGAGGCAGUAGAGGUGCUUCUUCAGAGGUGCCAGUACGAACCGGACUGCAGAGACAGGUGUGGCCUCACGCCCUUCAUGGAUGCCGUUCAGUGUGGCCACACGGACGUGGCCAGGCUGCUCCUCGAAAAGCACAAGGCUUGCGUGUCAGCUGAGGACUCACUGGGGGCCCAGGCGAUCCACCGGGCAGCGGUCACUGGGCAGGAUGAAGCCAUCCGAUUCCUGGUCUCGGAGCUUGGCGUCAACGUUGAUGCAAGAGCAGGAUCCACCCAUCUCACUGCGCUUCACUUCGCAGCUAAGGAAGGUCAUGUGAGCACAGUCCAGACACUCUUAUCCUUGGGUGCUGACAUCAACUCCAAGGAUGAAAGAAAUCGAUCAGCCCUGCACCUGGCCUGCGCGGGGCAGCACGCGGCCUGUGUCCAGUUCCUCCUGAGCUCCGGGCUCCAGGACUCUCCGGACAUCUCGGGCGCCCUGGCUCAGCAUCUCACACGGAGCCCCGACGUCCUUCAGUGCUUCAACCACAGCACGAUGGCUGAGGGCGUUUCCAGAGGUAGAUGGUGAAUCCACGGGAACACGUGUGCUGCUGCUUCAGUCGCCAGCAGGUGCAGUGAAAUAGGCCAGGAGUCGGUGUUUUCUGCACGCCCCCUUGGGUGGAGGACCACCCCCCCGGGAUGAGGCAGCUGGCUUCCUGGCUUGAUGAUAGCCCGUUGCACAGUCGGACUCUUUCCAGGGUCUCUGAUUCACUUUUCCUACCUUCGAGUGGAGUCGAUGAUGGGGAUGAAGUCGGCACUGGGAAUCCUUAGAGAAGCAUGAAAAUACAGGGUGGGACUUCCCUGGUGGUUCAGUGGUUAAGACUGCGCUUCCACUGCAGGGGCCCAGGUUCAAUCCCUGCCCACCCCGAGGUACAGCCAAAAAAUAAAAUAGUUGUUUUAAAAUAAAUCACGUGUGGAAAGGCCAUGAUGAUAUUUGGAAUGUAGCAACUUGCCUUUGCCUUGAGCCACAAAACAUGACUGGCCUGUUUACUUUCUUCUUUCACAGGCUUUUCAUUGGUCAUUACAGCAGUUUAGCUUUUGGUUUCAAAGCCAGGAAGGAAAUGUUAGGAUCUAUUUACAUAGAUGUUUACAAGCAGUUAAUGGAAACGCUUCCUAUAUUCUAAACUCUGAUUCUUAAUGUUAAACAUUAAAACAUUUAAUGUGCACUAAAGCAUUUAAUUAAACAUUUAAAGUUUAAUUAAACAUUAAACUUUAAUGUUUUAAUCCUGAGGUUAUUAUUUUUUUAAUGACAAUUCUGUAGUGGCUCGCUUUGGAUAUUAAACGCUUCUAAAAACACA